UCCAGACCACGCUAGAUCCUGUCACUGACUGCAAUACACCAGGGGUUGUCAUAAGGUAAUGCCCUGUCAACAAAGUGCCCAGACGGUCACAGUCACAUGUCUCUCCUCCUCACAUGUGUGGGCUUUAGGGUGAGACACUUGUGGUUCAAUUGGAACUCUGCUGGUUGGCUGUCCUGCCCUUUGGCCAGAGAACAACUACAGUCUUGCACGAUUUCAGCGUCUGCAGUGAGGCAUUCCAAAAUGGAAGACAAGAGGCCACAAUUUGGAAACAGGCAUCUGACUGACCCAAACCAAGUGUUCCAACAUAAUGCAUGGGACAAUGUUCAGUGGUCUGACGAGCAGGAAUCAGCAGCUCGUAAGAAAGUUCAAGAAAACAGCUGCCAGCCUGUACCCCCAGAAAAACAAGAUGAGUAUGAAAAUAAAGCAAGUGGCUUCUGGGAUGAUUUUUACACAAUUCAUGAAAACAGGUUCUUCAAAGACAGACACUGGCUGUUUACAGAGUUUCCUGAAUUGUCAUCAAGCUCCAGCACUAGUCUACCAUUACAGGAGGAGCAGAUAAAGGAUAAUGGAGGGGGUGCAUUCCCAGGAGCCUCUGCUUCAUACCGCAUCAUGGAGGUGGGCUGUGGAGUUGGCAACACCGUCUUCCCAAUUCUGAAAAAUAAUGCGGACCGAGGAGUGUUUGUAUACUGCUGUGACUUCUCCAGUACGGCCGUAGAGCUGGUAAAGAGUAAUGAGCAUUAUGACCCAACGCGUUGCUUUGCCUUUGUACAUGAUCUCUCAGAUGAGCAUGCUUCUUACCCAAUGUCUGAUCAAAGCUUGGAUGUCAUUGUCCUCAUAUUUGUCCUUUCUGCAAUACACCCAGACAAGAUGCAGGGAGUCAUCUCACACUUGAGCAGAUUACUGAAGCCUGGAGGCUGUAUUCUUUUGCGGGAUUAUGGCCGAUAUGACAUGGCACAGCUACGCUUCAAGAAAGGGCGCUGCCUGUCUGAUAACUUUUAUGUAAGAGGAGAUGGGACAAGAGUGUAUUUCUUUACACAAGAUGAGCUUGGGAGCAUGUUUACCAAUGCUGGCCUAGAGAAAGUGCAGAACAUUGUAGACAGAAGGUUGCAAGUAAAUCGUGGAAAGCAGCUGACCAUGUAUCGUGUAUGGAUCCAGUGCAAAUACCGCAGGCCGUGCAAUACAGAAAUCACAGACCAUGCCCUGUGUCUGGAUCAAGUGCAGAUACAGCAGGAUGUAUAAAGUGCGGGCCACUCAUCCCUUUGAUAUUAAGACUUCCUCUGAUCUAACCACAUCUCACACACAAGUUGGACUAGCAGGCUGCUUUGAGCAGUGCAUCCCCAAAGCUUUGAGUCUCUGUACUAAAUUUUAAUGAUGAUUUUUAAAAAGAAGUGAACAUUGACAGAUCUGCGUAGAGACAGUAAAAUUUGGACAUGCAAUGAGUAGAUUGGGCCUGCCUUUUACAGACGACUUGUAGCAAGGGUUGUUCAACCCUCUGACACCUGUCUGGUUAAACUUCAUAAAAAUAAGUUUUUUUUUUUGUGUUAUUUUUUUUUUUAAUAAAAGAUUUUAAAUUGCUUUAAAAAAA